UUGGCAGUGGAUGUGUAGUUAUUGCAAUGAAGUAUUUACAUCCUCCUACUCAAGGGUCAAAGCCCAUCUAAUGCGGAUUAGUGGGCAAGGAAUUAAAAUGUGCAAAUGUGUUAAGCCGCACAAUUUGAGAGACAUGCAAACUGAUGCGGAUCAAGCAGAAGCAAGGGUGAGGGCUUCUAUGCCUAGGACAGUGACGCUGCCAGGUUCUUCAGCGUCAAGUGCAGUAGCAGGAAGUCAAAGCAUGCCUUCUCGUCUAAGUGAGCCAAAGAGGAGGAGGGGAGUCACCACCGUUGAGUGUUGACAUAUGCCGCAAGCAAUUCAAUUGCCGGUUACAAGCCUCCGGGUUAUAAUUCUUUGAGGACCACUCUUUUGCAACGUGAGAAGGCUCACGUAGAGAGGUUGUUGGAACCCAUCAGGAGCACAUGGAAGCAGAAGGGGGUCUCUAUUUGUAGUGAUGGCUGGGCAGAUGCACAGAGGAGGCCACUGAUAAAUUUCAUUGCGGUCUCAGACAACGGGCCAAUGUUCUUGCACUGUGUGAAUGCUGAGGGAGAGCAGAAGAAUAAAUAUUUCAUUGCAGAGAAGCUUGAAGCUUGCAUUAGAGAGGUGGGGCCUCAAAAUGUGAUCCAAAUCAUUACUGAUAAUGCUUCGGCAUGCAAGGCCGCAGGGGCAGUUGUGGAGAGCAAAUAUCCACAUAUCUUCUGGACUCCAUGUGUUGUUCACACCCUCAAUCUUGCCCUUAAGAAUAUUUGUGCUGCGAAGAAUACAGAGGCUAAUGCAAUUGCUUAUGCAGAGUGCAGCUGGAUUACAGAGGUAUAUGAUGAUGCUUUGAUGAUUAAGAACUUCAUCAUGAAUCACUCAAUGAGGCUGGCUAUGUUCAAUGAGCAUUCGAAGAUGAAGCUUCUUUCAAUUGCUGAUACUCGAUUUGCUUCAUGGAUCAUCAUGCUAAAGAGGUUCACUGUGAUCAAGAGAAGCCUCCAAGAUAUGGUUCUUAGCGACCGUUGGAGCUCGUACAGAGAUGAUGAUGUGGGAAAAGCACAGUUUGUUAAGGAGAAAGUGCUUGAUGAUUUGUGGUGGGAUAGGGUGGAUUAUAUUAUUGCUUUCACUGCUCCUAUAUAUGAUAUGAUUCGGCUCACCGAUACCGACAAGCCCAGCCUUCAUUUGGUAUAUGAUAUAUGGAAUAAGAGCAACACGCAUGAUGUCAUACACAAGAUCUUGGAGGAUAGAUGGAAUAAGAGCAACACGCCACUUGAGUGCUUGGCGCACUCUUUGAAUCCAAGAUAUUAUCACGAGACAUGGCUCAAUGAGAAUAUCCAUCGGCAAGCACCCCAUCAGGAUGAGGAGAUCUCUUCGGAAAGGGCCAAGUGUUUGAGGAGAUAUUAUCCUAAUGCCGAUGAACGGAGGACGGUUAACUUGGAAUUUGCUAGAUUCUCGGCUGCUCUUGACACUUUUAGGGAUCCAGAUUCUCUUACCGAUAGAGGAUUGAUGGAUCCAAAAUCAUGGUUGGCGCUCUAUGGAUCGUCAACUUCAAAUCUUCAAGCAUUGGCCUUAAAGCUUCUAGGCCAACCCUGCUCAUCCUCUUGCUGCGAAAGGAAUUGGAGUACAUACUCAUUCAUUCACUCUUUGAAGAGGAACAAGAUGACACCGUCAAGGGCAGAAGAUCUUGUGUAUGUGCAUAGCAAUCUACGUUUGCUUUCUCGAUCAUCCCAAGAAUAUCAAGAAGGAGAAUCGAGGCUGUGGGAUAUUGGUGGAGAUGCAUUCGACUCAUUUCAGGGUGCCGGUAUUCUUGAUGUCGCCACCUUGUCUCUUGAUGAACCCACCAUGGAGGCUGUAUUGUUUGCUGAUGAUGAAGGCAAUGAAGAAGUCACUGGACUAGCUUCCACUUCAUCUUGAUGUAUUUUUUGUUUACAAACUUGUUAUUUUGUGAAACUUGUUAUGUUGUGAUUUGAUGGAAUGAGUAUGUACUCAAAUUCCUUUUUGUUUACAAACUUGUUAUUUUGUGAUAGAUUCAUCAUCAUUUAGAUUGUUAGUUGAAUUUUAUAAAUUUUUCUAUAUAUAAUAAUAAUUAAAAAAAUCCUCGCCGUAUCCCCGUAUCCUAUUUUUUUGGAUUUUGCCGUAUCCCGUAUCCGUGUCCGUGUCGUAUCCGUGUCCCGUAUCCGUAUCCGUGCA